CAUCUAUUGUCAUUUCAAACAUUGUGAAGGUUGCAGCUCGAUGCACUCUAGAUAAGUUCACAAUCGCCAAUCAAGAUUUGCAGCUCUGCUAUCGCGUGAAAGUAUCUGUAGAACAAAUAUGAGAACCAUCUUCUCCGCUCUCUCCAUUGUCGUGCUCUUUGCCUGUGCAGCUGCCUAUGAUCCCCUGGACCCAACUGGAAACAUAACGAUCAAAUGGGAUGUAAUGUCAUGGACUCCAGACGGCUAUGUUGCAAUGGUGACUAUGAACAACUUCCAAAUGUACAGGCACAUUAUGAGCCCUGGUUGGACUAUGGGGUGGACAUGGGCCAAGAAGGAAGUAAUAUGGUCGAUGGUAGGGUCUCAGACGACAGAACAAGGAGACUGCUCUAAGUUUAAGGGAAACAUUCCGCACUGCUGCAAGAAAACACCCACUGUUGUAGACCUGCUACCUGGUGUCCCUUACAACCAACAAAUCAAUAACUGCUGCAAAGGCGGGGUCUUGGCCGCAUGGGGGCAAGAUCCAGCAUCUGCUGUCUCGGCCUUCCAGGUGAGUGUCGGUCAGGGGGGCACUUCAAACAGGACGGUAAAGCUACCUAGGAAUUUCACAUUACUCGGUCCAGGACCAGGCUACACUUGUGGCCCUGCUAAGAUUGUCCCUCCCACCAAUUUUCUCACUUCUGAUCGUCGAAGGAAAACUCAGGCCCUCAUGACUUGGAACGUGACAUGCACUUAUUCACAAUUUCUAGCGAGAAAACACCCAUCCUGUUGCGUUUCCUUCUCAUCUUUCUACAAUGAGACCAUAACUCCUUGCCCUAGCUGCGCAUGUGGUUGUGAAAACAAAAGAAACAAAUGCGUCAAGAGUGAUUCUAAACUACUGAGUGUGGUUGGGGUAAACACUCCAAGAAAAGACAACUCUCCAUUGUUACAAUGCACACAUCACAUGUGCCCGGUCCGAGUACACUGGCAUGUCAAAGCCAACUAUAAGGACUACUGGCGGGUGAAGCUUGCGUUAACAAACUUCAACUACCGGUUGAACUACACAUUGUGGACUCUUGUUGUUCAGCAUCCAAAUCUGAACAACGUAACUCAAGUUUUCAGCUUUGAUUAUAAACCUAUAGUGCCCUACCAGUCUGUCAAUGACACAGGUAUGUUCUAUGGCACAAAGUUCUACAAUGAUCAACUAAUGGAAGCAGGACCCUUCGGAAAUGUACAGUCUGAGGUGCUUCUUCAGAAAGACCAGAACACAUUUACCUUUAAACAAGGAUGGGCGUUUCCGAGGAAAGUCUACUUCAAUGGUGAAGAAUGCAUGCUGCCACCACCAGAUACGUACCCAUUUCUACCAAAUUCUGCAAAUGGAAAUCUAAUUGGUUACUCCACACUUAUUAUUUGGGCAGUUUUCUUAUUGUUUAUCAUGCAUUGACCUUCUUUUGUUUUUCAAUAUACUGAAGUUUUGAAGCUCAGGGGACUGGGGCACUAGAAAUUUAUGUAUACAGAGUUGUGUACACAUUAAUUAAUAGUAUAAAAAGGCAUGACAUUUUGGAGGUA